AUGGAGAAAUCUUCGAGUAUUGUACUUUUUCUGCUUGUUCUGCUGGAGAGAGAAGCUCUGCUACAGCUCAAACAAAGUUUCAAUGAUCCUUUUAACCGGUUAGGCUCUUGGACCCGGUAUGACUGCUGCCUGUGGAACGGCGUCAGUUGCAAUCAAAUUACCGGACGUGUUGUCAAGCUUGCUGAUUCACCCAGCAACGAAUACGAAUGGGGUGAAUAUUUCCCCUAUAUUGAUUCUUGUCUGGUGGAGUUAAAACGUUUGGAGUACUUGGAUCUCAGUGGAAACUACUUUUGCCAAAGCCCAAUUCCCGAGUUCUUUGGUUCCUUAAAGUAUCUUAAAUAUCUUAAUCUCUCCAGAACAGGAUUUGGAGGAAGAAUUCCAGCUCAGCUUGGAAACCUUACUAGCUUGCAGAUCCUUGAUCUGAGUCAAUAUUACUCUGGGGUAUUAUUUGCUGACAAUUUCCAGUGGGUUCGAGGCUUGUCGUCUUUGAAACACCUCGAGAUGAGCUUUGUCAGCCUGAAUAAGGCACUUGAUGUGAUGCAGGUACUCAAUAAAUUUCCUUCUCUAAUAUACUUGGGCUUAAAUAGUUGCGGAAUCCGCAACAUUCACUUUCCUCGUGGUAUUAUGAAUUCCACGUUCUUUGCAAGAAUUCAAAGUCUUGAUCUAGGGAAUAAUGAACUUAGAGGACCAAUUCCUGAUGUUCUACACAACAUGACUGCGGUUAGAGUGCUUGAUCCUUCAAAAAACUACUUUAAUUCCACCAUUCCACUGUCGCUGGUUAAUUCUAAGAGCGUUGUUGAUCUCAAUCUUGGGUGGAAUGAGUUUGAGAACAUUGACGGUGGGAUGUUGUCAAUAUUAAAUAAGGCUUGUUCUCUUAUAAGGUCAUUGGAUUUGUCUGGAAAUUCAUUUCUCGGUGAUGUGUUAGGAAGUAACAAGAAUUCAUCAAGAUGCCUCGUGUACCAUUUAGAGUACCUAAGUUUAACUUCUGGUGGAAUUAGUGGUGAUUUGCCAGAUUAUUUAGGGCAGCUGAAGGGUUUGAAGGAGCUUAAUCUUGCUGGAAAUUCAUUUUCUGGUCCAAUUCCAUCUUCACUCGGGGAAUUGUCAGGGUUGAGACGUUUACAUCUUGAAAAUAAUCAAUUGAAUGGGACCAUUCCACCAUCGUUAUGGAGAUUGUCAACCUUGGAAUAUUUAUCUCUUUCACAUAAUCAGUUGAUUGGGUCCAUUCCUGAUAGUCUUGGGCGACUAGUAAACCUAGUGGAGUUUGACAUUGCUUCCAAUUCUUUGGAGGGUGUUAUUUCUGAACGUACCUUUUCCAACCUUUCAAAACUGAAACAUUUGGAUAUUAGUUCCAACCAUCUAACUUGCAAUGUGAAAUCAGAUUGGGUUCCUCCUUUUAGCCUCGACCACAUUAACAUGUCAUCUUGUAGAAUCAGAUCAGAAUUUCCCCGGUGGCUUCAGACACAAAAGGAAAUAUCAAAACUAGAUAUGUCGAAUGCUAGCAUCUCUGGUGGUUUCCCAGUAUGGCUUUGUAACAUGUCUUAUCUUUCCUAUUUGGAUCUCUCUACAAACCAAAUAAGUGGAAAUCUUCCAACUUGUGAUGUUGACAAUUUUCAUAGUUUAGAGGUGUUACGUCUGGGCAGCAACUUGAUAAAUGGUUCAAUGUCAAGUACAAUGUGUAAUUUGGAUAACCUGCUGCUUCUAGAUCUUUCAAAGAACAAUCUAUCUGGGGAAAUACCUGAUUGCUGGGGAUGGCAACAAGGAUUAUUUUUGAUAAAUCUAUCAUCCAACAAGUUCAUAGGAACCAUUCCAAGCUCGAUAGGAAACCUCUCUUACUUGACAUGGUUGCACCUAGAUGAUAGUAGUCUCCAUGGAGAGCUUCCUCUGACCCUAAGUGAUUGCACAAGCUUAGAACUACUGGAUCUUGGCGAGAAUAAAAUUUCUGGAAAUAUACCCUCAUGGGUUGGGGAAAGCCUUUUAUUAUUAAGAAUUCUCAAGCUUCGCAAUAAUACGUUCAGUGGUAGUAUUCCAUCACAACUAUGUCGACUUUCCAAAUUGCAGAUAUUGGAUCUUGCGCUAAAUAAUUUGUCAGGAAGGAUUCCUCAUUGUUUUGGCAAGCUUACAGGUAUGACCAAGGACAAUGAUGUGCCCCAACAUAAUAUAACGCUUGCUUUUGGCCCUGUGGCUAGUGCACCUAGUCCGGCAAUAAUUGCAGCACCUACUCCAUCAAUUGUCGAACCACCGCCACCUGUUGCCCCGGCAACUAUUGCACGAGGACCUGGUCAUCGGCAACUCAAGUUAAUCGAGUCACUUGACUUCUCAGACAACCAACUUUUUGGCGCAAUUCCACAGAGCUUGGGAACGCUGACAUAUAUAAACCACCUCAACUUGUCAUACAACGACUUGUCAGGGAGAAUUCCAAAGGGCAAUCAGCUUCAAACUCUAGAAAAGCCGACAUCAAUCUACGCUGGCAAUCUUCAACUCCGCGGGGAACCGUUGCAGAAAAAAUGUCCGGGUGAUGGUGAUGCAGUCCAACCUCCAACAAGCAACGACCAUGAAGAUGAAGAUCAUGAAGAAGACAAGAAAGAAAAGAUAUUGUUUUACUUCGUCGUAUUAGCUGGAUAUGCAACCGGCUUAUGGGGAGUUAUUGGGACUUUGGUUUUCAAGAGGAACUGGAGAGUCGCUUAUUUCCGCUUUGUUGAAAGCACCAAAGACCAGAUAAUUGUGGUGGUUGCGGUGAAAGUGGCAAGGCUGAAGAAGAGGAUGCAGAGGACCACCAACGAAGAGUAA